GUCACGGCCGGGGCCGAUGGGCGGAGCCACCGGCGCCGGAAGAGCGCGGCAGCUGGACAGGUCCGAGGAGAGGCGGCCGAUUGGGCUCAGCUGGGCCGAGCGGUCGCUCGCGGGGCCCACGGCACGAUCUGGUGGGCGAGAAUGGGCAGCAGCUCGCUGUCCGAGGACUACCGCCUGUGCCUGGAGCGUGAGCUGCGGCGUGGCCGCGCGGGCGUGUGCGGGGACCCAUCGCUGCGCGCGGUGCUGUGGCAGAUCCUGGUGGAAGACUUCGACCUGCACGGGGCGCUGCAGGACGACGCGCUGGCGCUGCUCACCGAUGGUCUGUGGGGCCGCGCUGACCUGGCCCCAGCGCUGCGUGGCUUGGCCCGCGCCUUCGAGCUACUGGAGCUGGCUGCUGUGCACCUGUACCUGCUGCCCUGGAGGAAAGAGUUCUCCACCAUUAAGACCUUUUCAGGGGGCUACGUGCAUGUGCUCAAGGGCGCUCUCUCAGAGGACCUCCUCCUCCAGAGCUUCCAGAAGAUGGGCUACGUGCCCAGGGACAACCACCGCCUCAUGAUGGCUGCCCUGCCCCCUGCCUGCCAGCUGCUGCAAGUGGCCCUGGGCUGCUUUGCCCUCCGGCUGGAGUGUGAAAUCCUGGGUGAGGUGCUCGCGCGUCUGGGCACCAGCGUGCUGCCGGCUGAGGAGCUGCUGCAGGCCCGGCGGGCCAGUGCAGACGUGGCCUCCUGUGUGGCCUGGCUCCAGCAGCGGCUGGCCCGGGAAGAGGAGCCGCCGCCUCUGCCCCCCCGGGGCUCCCCAACUGUCUACCGGACCCCUCUGGACCUCUACCGGGACCUGCAGGAGGAUGAGGGCUCGGAGGAAGCCAGCCUGUAUGGGGGGGCCUCCCCAGGCCCUGACUCCCCGCCCCCCGAGCUGGCCUGUGGCCCUGCACUCUGGGAGCAGAGCGCCAAACUGUGGGGGGCUGGAGGCGGGGCCUGGGAGCCCCUGGGGGAGGCUGAGGUGCUGCGGCAGGCCAGCAGCCCACCCUAUGGGGCCUUGGAGGAGGAGCUGGAGCCCGAGCCUGAGGCCUUCUCCUUUCUCUCCCUGCGGCGAGAGCUGCUGAGUCAGCCUGGAGACAUGGCUGUCCCCCAAACCCCAGGGAGCCCCAGGCAGGCCAGCCCCCAGUCCCCUGGCUACCAGGUGCAUAGCUGCCUAGCUCCUGGGGCCCUGCCCGGCCUCUGCUGUGACACAUGUCGCCAGCUGCAUGCGUCCCACUGUGCUGCCCUGCCCACCUGCCGUCCAGGCCAUGCACUCCGCCCACUGCUCAGUGACACCCAGCGGCGCCUAUGGCUGCGGCGUGCACAGGUGGACACCCUGCUCUAUGAUGGACCCGGGGCCCAACCUUAAGCCCAGCCAGGCCCUGCAUCAAGGGCCUCCCAGAGACUGUUUCUGUGGUGCUUCUCUGGGCCUCAUCACUCUUCAGGCCUAAGCCCCCGGCCACCCUGCCCCUUGGGGACUCCUGAGCACAGCAAGGUGGGGAAUCAGGCUUCGCAAGGCAGGAGGUGGGGUCCUGCCUUCCAUGAGAAGCUCUUGCCUUGGCCUGGCCUGCUCCCUACCCCUGCGCCCAACAUCCAGGCCUGUGUCCAAAUGUGCUCCGUGGGGGAGUCUCACCGCCCAGCCUAGAGCCAAUGAGGGCCCCUCCUCCUCUUCCCCUCUCCUUCCCCGCCCCACUGUAGGGCCAGCACUCAGCCUGUAGCCCUUGACCUGAUCCCUACCGCUGUCCCUCAGAACACGGCUUCCCGUGUCCAGGGGAGAUUCUCCUCACAGGGGUGUCCUUGGCCAUGGAGCACCACUGUGGCCAGUCUGGGGUCUCUGCCGGGCCACGGCUGACCUAGCCCCUGGCCUGGUGGUGUCCUAAGCCAGUGCUGAACCAGCUGCGGCCUGGCUUGAGACGGGCUGCACCGGGCAGUUUGGUCCACAUGUGGGGGAAGAAAUGGUCUGAUCUCAGUGAGAAGGCUCCCCAAAAGCCCAGAGCACGGGCAGCGGGGGAAGGAGGCAGCUAGUGGAGCCGGCCAGGCUACAUCACUCCCCUCGCAGGGGCAGUCAGGUCCACCGCCCAUGAGCCACCUGCUGCUGCCUUUCUGCCCCACAGGCUCCAGAAGGCAGGGCGGGAGGCACGGGGGCUUCUCCCGAGAAUGCUCCCUGUGUCUGGGGUAAAGACGUGGCCAGGCUCUCCAGCAGCCACCUGCUGAGGCAGACUCUCAAGGCCAAGACAGGCGGGCAGAGCCCCUUCCCCUGGGAACUGUUUAGCCACAGGACGAGAGGGGAGAGGGGAAAGGUGUGGCGCUCGGCCCCCCCUGCUUGUCCGCCUCCCUUUCCCCCCAGCACUCACAGGAG